AUGAGUGCUCUCUUGGGCCGAUCCAGGACCCCUUGCUCGGCCGCUGCCACCAUUGCCACCUCACACGGGUUGCUCACUCGGCUGCCACUGACUCACUUGGGCCUCUCCCAGGCCUUUUGCUCAGCUGCCGCGGCCACUGCUGCCAGCUCGCUCACUAUUGGCCUGGACACAACAGCAAAGGCAACCCCUCACAGAGAAGAGCAAGAUGUUGGGGUAUUUACUGGAGAAGAUGUAACAACUUGUCCGAACACGUCGUUUUUGGCAUUCACCCUCCAUCCCACCAGCAGCAAGAUGGAGAUGCAGCAACAGCUGACGCUCACGUGGACACACCUGAGUAAGAUACUAAGUGACCAGUCAAUUCCAUUAGGCAUAAAAUACGAUGAGAAGUGGCUGCUGAAACUGAUUCAGAAGCAGUGCAGCCCCUUCACUCUAGUCGAGUUUGACUGUGUGAAGAUGCAGGCCCAGUUCUUUGUUGAGAACGCCAGCAUUGCCUUCUCACAAAAUGCCAAUGGCAAGAUUUGGGCUGAUGAUAAUGAAAGGAUAAAUAUCUUUGUGAAGCCCCGGGAGGCCCACUCUCUGCAGAAGGAGCUGAAGACAGAAAAGGUGGGGCACAUCAAGCUGACCACGGACAAGCAAUAUGGUGCCUUGCCACAAUCUCUCAGUGCCCAAAGACUCCUCUUUGACUCUGGUGUGGCUGUGGCACUUUUUCCUUUGAAACUGAGCAAUAAGAAACCCCAACAGCUGAAUGUCCUGUCUAACACUAUGCUGAAAACCUCCAGCAUCAAGAACUUGAACCUCUCCAGCAAUGAGGUGAAGUCUGCAGGGCUGUUGAACAAGGGCAAAGGGCUGGAGCCAGAAGAGAUGAGGGAUGACUCAAAACCACUGUGCACCACCGUCCCAGCCUUCUGGAGCAUGUCCAUUCAGAAGUGUGCUCCAGGAAUCAGGGCUCCCCCUGUGUGCCAGGAUCAGGAGCGACCAGCCUUGCCCCCGAUGCUGGAUGGCCAGGACUCACGGCCACCAACCAUCCCUGGUAUUGAAGCCCGCAAGAUGUUACCAAGGUGCAUGGGAAGUGUCUUUAUAUCCGAUGCACUGGAGAGUCUAGUCCUGCCAUUCCUGCAGCAUUAUUACAUGAUCUAUGACUGCGGAGACUGACAAGGUCUCCUGGGUGCUUACCACAUCGAGGCCUGCUUCUCCCUGACCUCUGGGGUGACAUUCUGGCCCUUCAGCUCUGAGGCCCCAGCCCUAAGCGGCUUGUGCGAGUAUGCCAAGGACAGCAGGAAUAUAAAGGAGCUCAAGGAUCCCUGUCUGAGGGUUCAGUUACUGAAGCACACACAAUGUGACGUACUGUGCUCCCUGUGCAUGUUACCCAGAACUCAGCAUGACCUCAGCUCCUUCAUGGUGGACACAUGGCUCCAUAUGGAGACCAUUCUUUGCUUCUUUGUCAACAGGGUGUUCAAGGAAGUGGAAGGAACAUCUCAGGGCUCUGUUCAUGCCUUCACCCGGACCUUCAUCACUACCCCUGCCAGUGGUUCGAGUCUGUGCAUCGUGAAUGAUGAGCUGCUGGUGAGGGAUUCCAGGGGCAUCAAGACUCAGAGUGUGUUGUGCAUCCCAGCACCCACACCCUGUUGCAGCUCCAUGUUCACCCUCUCCUGGGAGCAGCAGGAAAUGGUGCAGGCUUUCUCCACCCAGUCUGGGAUGAACACCCAGUAG